AUGGAAGUCACACUCGGCUAUGACACGCAGUCCCGAUUUGAACUCUGUGUCUCGGAUCUGCAGGCGAUGACCUCGAACCCUAUUCCCCCCCCCCCCCACUUGCUCGCGUUGUCGGGAGCUGGCGAGGUGAUUGACCAGCAGCGAGCUCAGGGAGUGCAAGGAGGGGUUGGUGAGCUGUUGGAGGCAGCGAAUGCGUCCCAUCCCGCUGCUUCCCAAGGGAGAGGGAAAGUUCCUUCAGUGGGCGAUGUAGCUGCUGUACAGGAAAGUUCAUUUCCCAGCAGAGUUGCUCCAUCGAAGAAACUUUUCGCAGGAGGCCUUCUUGCUCAGUCCAUUGAACAGCCGAACAGCUGCAUAACAGCCGAGAGCCUUUGUCUGGCUGACUCUGCCUGCAACGCCACCUAUCGGAUCCUGGAAAACUGUUCCCAUUCCAAUGCUAAGAACAGUCUCUUCGUUCUGGACCACGGAGCCAGGAGCAAAUGCCUGCAGGCAGAAAACAUGAUUAGAAAUAGCCAUUUUCAGGACUGCAAGUGUCAGCGCCGCACACAAAAGCAGGAGGAGCAGUGCCUGCGCAUCUACUGGACUGUUCAUUCCACUGUCUCAGAAGGUGAUUUUAAUUUGGAGAUGUCUCCUUAUAAGAAUGUAGUAAGUGAAGAGUCCUUGAAGACAGACUACAACAAGCUGGCAACUCGGGUUUCAGGGUCUCAUUUAGCUGGGGACAACACAAAUCCCUGCCUGCAAGUUGCUAAGGUUUGCAGCCUGAAUCGUAGGUGUAGACGUCUUCGCACAAUGUAUGUUUCUAACUGCAGCCCAAAGGAUGGGCACCCCUGCAAUCAACGCAAAUGUCACCGAGAACUGAAGCACUUUUUUGGGAGAGUUGAUAUGGAUUUCACCAAGAGGUUCCUCUUUUGCCCCUGUCAAGAUGAAUUCUGUGGAGAGCGACGCCGGAAAACAAUUGUCCCAGAUUGCUUUUUCCAGAACAGUAUUCAACCCAACUGCCUUGUCCUGUUGGACACAUGCCUGAAAGAUUAUAUUUGCAAAUCCCGGCUGGCUGACUUCCAAGAACAAUGCAAGCCCUCAAGCUCUUCCUCAGAUGGCUGCUUUCAGCACAACCAUGCUGCUUGCCUGGAGGCUUACAUGGGGAUGAUUGGGACACCCAUGACUCCCAAUUACAUUAGCAAUUCCACUGCUGAAGUCACACUGUGGUGUUCCUGCGAGAACAGUGGCAACCACAAGGAGGACUGUGAUGAAAUCCUAAGUUCAUUUUCCAACAACAGAUGUCUGAGAAGUGCAAUGCAGUCUCAGAUGGGCUUAAACCAGCUGAAUACAAAUGAUCAAGAGGAACCGCAGUACAUACCUUCCCCAAACAUCCAGGGUGAUGGCACCAGCACGGUUCUCACUGCAAACCUGCACUGGGUAUGA